UUAACCAUCGACCUUCUGCGCGAGACAGGGGGAGCUCCAGGCUCAUCUCCUGCCGUCAUCGCCGGCGACAGCAUUACAUCAGUAACCUAGUCGGAUGAGGGACGGAGGCAUGGUGGGUGGCCUGUUUCUGAGUUGGAGGAGGCCAACGAAGGAACAGGAGCAGGCCUGCAUCGCCAGCUCUGGCGGCUUCAACUACGAUCCCAAAUUCCACGGCUCUACUACCUCUCCUCAUUCUCGCGGUCAAAAAUCCAUCGAAGCCGUAGUGGGAGAAGCGGAAGGAACACUCACCGAGAACGGUUUCUCCAUCAACCACGCUAGGGUCCUCCUUGGCUCUGGUCCCCGUACCUUCGACCUCGCAAAAUCAGCCCUCCUCUCUUGGAAGCACUUCGGAUUGGGAUGGGCGUUUGUGAAUCCGAAGACUCCUGUCGAGAAAGGGGAGAGGUUCUGCGUCUGCGUGAAGGAGGUGAUACCAUGGAUGAUGAUGCCACUCCAGAUUGCAUAUGUGCGGGAAGAUACUGGCGGCCUCAGUCUGAAUAAGGCUUCCUUCAGCUUUGGCAGCGGCACUCUUCGGGGCCACCUCUUGGCAAUUCAUCCCUCUCUUGCUGGUCCUACUGCUCCAACAGCUGGCGAGGAGCGUUUCUCGAUUGAACUGGACGAGAAUGACAAGGUCUGGUAUGAAAUCUAUUCCUUCUCCAAGCCUGCACACAUCCUAUCGGUUAUAAGCUACCCAUAUGUAAAGCUUAGGCAGAAGUUUUUCACUCAACAAUCAGUGGAUGCAAUGAAAAAACAUGUUGCUACCAACCAGCAAUCCAGUCGAGAAUAGCGAGGGCUUUGCAUUUCCCAACAAUCCCUUGUAUUAGUUUGUUACUUGUACUUGCAUUUUCACGUUAGGACAAAGUAUACCUGCUGUAUUUUGUUAAGACUUCGGCCAAUGAGAUCUUACUGAC